AAGCAAAUGUAUUACUGACUUUUUCAAACCAACUCUCAAACCAGACAGAACUGUGUUGUGCUCUCCAGAAAAAGGAAAUGGACAUGCUGGACAUACAGUUUCAUGUGUAGACCAUCUUAAAAAAAGCAUAUCUUCUUCAAAGCAAAAUAGAAAGAAGAAAUUGCCUUGUUCACCAUCAGGCAGAAGCCCAAUAAUUGAUGCUUUAUUCCGAAAGGCUAAGUCAGAGAAAAACAACAGUCCAGAAAAUGGUGUUUGCAAGAUAUUGAAGGCUAAUCAUCCAAAACCUGUGGUUCGGAGACUGUUCAUAUCUAAUGCCUUACCUGACGGUUCUUUCCUGUUAAAAGAUAUUUACACAACAAAUUUGGAAAGAAAUGAGAACAAUUCUGUUCAGACAAGAACACAUUUAAUAGACAAUAGUAGUAGACAAUAUAAAACAGAACAUGAAGAUCUAGACACAACUGGUUCAAGCUUGAAUAAAUGGCCUUCCACUUCAGGAAAUAACAGUCUGAAGAAGCAGAGCGACGUAACUCAGUGUCAAAAACCAGUCUAUUCCAGGUUGCCACAAGUCAGUUCAAUUAGUUCUUCAUCUCCGAAAUCGCUAGGAACUGUUUGCAGAAAGAGACAAGAGAAGGUGAAAAAACUGCACUUUUGUUUCUGA